AUGGGUGAGGAGGAUGAAUAUGGGUGGGAUUCAGAUUCAGAACCACAAUACUUUGACAAAGAUCGGCACGUUCAGUUCCUGGAGAUGAUUUUUGAACUGUUGCCCUCCCCAUACCAGACCCAAGAAAUCAACCGUCUCACUCUCGCCUAUUUCGCUAUUGUUGGCCUCGACAUUCUUGCCUCCCUCGAUCGGAUCAACAAAGACGCUGUGAUUGAAUGGGUGUUAUCUUUCCAAGCUCUUCCAAAGAAUGAGGAUGAGGUGAACAACGGACAAUUUUAUGGAUUCCACGGUUCAAGAAGUUCUCAGUUUCAACAUGUUGAAGGGGGUUUGGUCCCCAAUGGUAGUCAUCUUGCAAGCACAUAUUGCGCCCUAGCCAUAUUGAAGACUGUUGGAUAUGACCUUUCACUUCUUGAUUCGACAUCAAUCCUUAAAUCAAUGAAAAACCUUCAGCAGCCGGAUGGGAGUUUUAUGCCUAUUCAUAGCGGGGCAGAGACAGAUCUUCGGUUCGUAUUUUGUGCUGCAUCCAUCUGUUUGUUGUUGGGCAAUUGGUGUGGCAUGGACAAGGAGAGAGCAAAGGAGUACAUAUUAAGAUGUCAGUCAUAUGAUGGGGGUUUCGGUUUGAUUCCUGGUUCAGAAUCUCACGGUGGUGCCACAUACUGUGCUGUUGCAUCCCUACGCUUGAUGGGCUACAUUGAGGAUGAUCUAGUGUCUAAAACUGUGUCUCCUUGUGUACUAAAUGUGCCCAUGCUUUUAGACUGGUGCUUAAAGAGGCAGUCAGAUGAUGGUGGGUUUCAAGGCAGACUAAACAAGCCCAGUGAUACAUGUUAUGCUUUUUGGGUUGGAGGAGUUCUGAGAAUUUUAGGAGCUCACAACUUUAUUGAUGAAGGAGGUUUACGUAGAUUUCUAUUGACUACCCAGUCUCGGUAUGGAGGUUUCAGUAAAUUCCCCGGACAAUUACCCGAUCUCUACCACUCUUAUUAUGGAUUUUGCGCAUUCAGUUUGUUAGAGGAACCCGGCGUAAACCCCGUCUUUGUAAAUCUAGGAAUGUCCGAAAUAGCCACUGUUGGACUUCAUCUGUGA